CCAAACCAAAAUAUACAAAACUUUUACAAUCAUAUGUACAAUAUUGAUAUGAAAAAGUGUUUGUACACCAAAGAAAAACAUUAGCUAUGCAGCUGUAAUUACUUUUAAAAAAAUACACUGAAUUAUUAUUAUCAAAUUAUUAACAUCCCCUCUUGACCUGGCCUAUUUGAAUUGGUCCUUGUGUGCAACUUGGUGCAUAAUCUAGGGGAACAACAUCACACUGCUACACAUGCGUGCUGUGUAGGCCUACAGUGCAAGUGUCUUAGCCGAUAAUUGCACAGAUAUUCCACUUGGUUGGAUAUGCCUUCUAUCACGUCCAUUCCUUCCCAAAUAUUGUCUUCUGUUGAGAAUGUGUGUAAAACAAAGGUAUUCACACUUUCCCGAUCCUCACCCCAAAACAAGGCUACAGCCUUAAAAUGUCUCUACGUGUUAUCAGGAUUCUGUUCAUUCAGAUACACUUGAUUUUUGAAAUGAUCUUUCUCAAAAACGUUUGUAUAUUGUCCCAUACUAUAGCAUGUACUAUUAAUUUGUAUUUUUGUUUGUUAUUUGGUUACAUUAAUGCAGUUCCUCCACCCCGACUUUGAAUACCACUGAUGUGUCCGUUUCAUUCAUUGUAAUGUACGUGCAAUUUUAUGAAAGAAGAAUAUUAGAGCUCAAUGAUCAAAUCGUGACCCGGUUUUUGUGUAGAAUGUGUUUUUUUUUAAGCUAUUGUUUCUAAAAGUUAUUAUGUGGGAAAUUCCUUGAUACGUCGAGACUUGUGUGUCAUGUUAAAGUACACUGCUCUCUAAAAAAGAAAUGCUUAGUGUGAAACAAUGUCCCCCAGGAAAAGCCAGUCCGUUCUUAUAAAGAUCUGUGGUUGGUUGCGCAACAUUGUCGUCAUUUCCAGCAGCAGCGUUGUUAUGCCGCGUUCAAAACAACUGGGAACUCGGAAAAAUGUGAGGUCGAUGAUCUUCAUGUGAGAAAAUCUGAUAUCUAGAAAGAGGCCCGAGUUUCCGAUUUGGAUGACCGUCCGAAAUGAUUUUCCCAAUCGUAACUCCUUUUUUUAACGCCUGUAAAUCGGAGAUUUACGAGUUCCCAGUUGAUUUGAACGCGGCAAAAACCUUUUUGUAUUUCUACAAGCUGGCAAGGCAGCAGUUACGGAAAGCACCCCAAUUGUGGCAGAGGACUGGCUCUUCUUGUUUGACUUUCUGUUGCCAACCAGGCAGAAAUGUGAAAUGUCAUCUCAUAACGCUAGAAGAGGAUGGACAUGAGAGCCACUGCACAGUGGAGUCAAGGUGGAGGAUGUACGUGUCAGCUUGAUUGACAUGACACACCGAGUGUUGUGGCAAUGGUGUCAUGUCUCCAGUGAUAUGGAUGGUUACCUGGUUACUACAGGCACAUUCAGCUGUGUGUGAUCUGCCUGCUCCAGUCAAUGUGACUCUCUCCUCCAGACAUUUUGUCCACCAGCUGAGGUGGGACCCAGGCUCGGGGUCCCCCAGGAGCGUGUACUACCGCGUGAUGAUUUUCUCAAGCAGGGGUGGCCAGUCUUGGGAGGUGGUGGCUGGUUGUGAGCACGUGGAGUCCCCUCUGGUGUGUAACCUGACUAAAGCAUUCUCAAGCCGUAGUCACACCUACUACAACAGGGUGUUCGCUGUGUCUGGGAACGAAGUCUCACCCCCGGGCAACCAAAACGGCUUUAAACCCAUCGAUGGCACCCUCCUGGACCCGCCCGUGGUGAGUGUUAAGGCCUGCGGCAGCACUCUGUGUGUGAACCUGAGGCCUCCUGUGGAUGGCUUGUGGGAUGUCUACGACAGUUUCCGCUACAGCUUAAGCAUCACAAGCAGCAGGCAUGGAGCUAAGUACUCUGAGGAGAUGACGUCUCUGAAAGAAAAGAUUCUAAAUAACCUGGCUCCAGGCAGAGAGUACUGUGUCUCCGUCAGAAUAAGGGACAGCGAGGAGAGAAGCGACAAGAACUCUUCCUACAGCCAACCACACUGUGCCUUCACAGCUGCCAAGUACAACGCAGAUGCAGAGAUCUCAGUGGUUUUGUGUUUGCUUGUGUUGUCUGGGCUGUUAACUACUACCCUACUGUACCGUACUGGAUUCCUCUGUCUUAGACGACACCUUCCAGAAGUACUGAGCUCAAUACAACACCACGAGGAGAGCCUAUACACCGUGCCCUGUGAUGAGAAACCAUGUCCCUCGGUGCUUCCAGUGCCACCAUCGCCCCCUUCAGGAAGCACUGGGAAGGACACAGAGAGUGAGGAAGAAAGCGAGGCAGAGACAGAGCGAAGCAGUGAGGGAGGACAAGGAUACAAGACACGAGGGAUCACUGCUGGUCUGACCUCUCAUAACCCCCUCUCUUCCUCCUCUUCCUCUAGAGCAGAGGUGUUCCUACACCCCUAUCUAAGCACACGCUCUCUGGCAUCUCCCACUGACACUCAGACCACCGCUGAGACGCAGUCCAACCGCCCUCGCGUUCCUCUCUUCAUAACCAGCGACCGGCAGCCUGAAUCUGUGCUCAGGCCUGACGGCCUCUCAAUGUCUCUAUCAAACAACCAUCUACCGUCUGGACCCUCACAAACCAGUCAGCUUACAGAGCCAGCUCGAUGUGCCUCACGGGGACAGGACUUGAGCUUCAGUCUUUCCUCAGAGAGGGACACAGGGGGAUUUCAUCCGGAGGAGGAGGAGAGCUGCUUGGAUGUCAACCUGCUGUCUGUAACCCUAGGUAGACAUGAGGAGAUGAAGGAUCCAGAACCCCGCUCUCUGGGGGAGCCCACCACUCCCUUCCUGCCCUCUGACACUAAGUGUUGGGCCACAGAGCCUGCCAUAACACAGACGCACACUGCUACCUCUGAGGAGGAGGAGGAAGAUGAGGAGUAUUUUGGUUACAUGAGGCGAUGAGAGAAGUAAUUUGUUGCACAAUUAACCAUUCCAUUUUUUAUUUGCCAGGAGUUUUUUUAAUUUGUUAAUGAAAGCCAUAUGGUACCUACCUGUGGACAUUCAGUGUACUCUUCUGGCAUAAAUAUCAAGGUCCCAAGGUAGCCUGAAGUGGCUUCCUUGUCCUUCCUUUAUUUUUGUUAUAACCUUUAUUUUACUAGGCAAGUCAGUUAAGAACAAAUUCUAAUUUACAAUGACCGUCUGCCCCGGGAACAGUGGGUUAACUGCCUUGUUCAGGGGCAGAACGACAGAUUUUUACCUUGUCAGCUUGGGGAUUCGAUCCAGCAACUUUUCGGUUUCUAGUCCAACGCUCUAACCACUAGGCUACCGACUGCUCCUUUAUCUGCAUUAGGUGAAAAUAACUGUUUUAUCUCUCCAUCAUAUUGCUUUGACUUCUCUUGUAUUUUCAGACCAGUUGAAAUUUAAAAGAGAAAGAGCCAAUGUAUUUGCCUGACUACCCAGACUCCUCGCACCGGCCAUAUGCUACGCCACGCCCACGGACGUUAGUUUCUUCUCCGCAAUGAGUCUGGAUCCGAGUACCUCCCCCAACGAUUUCUAGAAUGCAAACACUUUCUAACCAUUCUGAUUGGUCCCAGAAACUGAUGGAUUGGACCAGAGCCAGAACGAACACGUGGAUAAAGCGCUGUUUAGAAAAUGUGUCAUUGGGUUUUUGAUACUCUGAUUGGUCAGAGAUGAUCCAAUCGCUGAUGACUUUGUUUUGUACAACACCCCCCCCCCCCCCCCCCCUUGUGAUGUCAGUUUGACUGAAGUAUGUAGCGAACGACAGAACAGCGGAAGUAUUUAGUUUUGAGUCGGCGGCCAACCAAUAGUAUUGAUAUGGACUGUACUAUAUUAUUGCAGUUUUUUUUAAAGUAUUUAGACAUAUAGAAUUAUGUUUUUUUUUUUUUUACAUCAUUAAAUUGUUAGUUUUUCCCAAUUGCUAAAACACAAUUUUGAAAACUAGGCUGGUUUUAUCCAAAUACUUAACACAAUUCACAAAACCACACACCCAAACUGCAAAAGGAAGCACUGCAACAAACUACAUAUAUCAAAAUGAAACAUUAGCACAAAAUGGCACACACUUCAUUCAUAUUACCAGAUUUGUCUAACCAACUACACUGUUGGGCGUAAUGAAAAGCACUCUCAUCUUUAGGAUGCUUUGCCAUAAUACUAAAAUAGUUCAAAUUCUAGAAGAUUCUUCAGAUGCACAUAAAUAUUUGCAGAUACACACACAUGCUGUUGAAACAUUUUAUUUUUCACCAAAACAAGUCAGUGCAACAUACGCACAGCAGAUAUAUUUACAUUGGACUGAACCAAAAUAUGCUCACAAAAAAAACAGUCAACUGAAAAAGAAAAGUGCUGAAAAAAAUAUAUAGAAAAAAAGAGGCAUGAAAAAUAAUUAGGCAGCAUCUUGCCGCACAGCUGGGUCUGGCCACAACGCCUCGUCCACAUCACAGGCAAUAUCUUCCCUUGCCAGACAUCGAGGGAAGAAGCGCCUUGAGUGCCUUAUCCCUCCCUGAAUCACGCCCACAUCAAUCUCAUCACAUGCCUCUUCCAUAGCCUGCACAAGAGGCCUGUGCACAAAGGGCUGCCGGUCGUACACCUUCCACCGCCAUGCCGAAAAUAACUCUUCUAUGGGGUUCAGAAAUGGUGAGUAUGGUGGGAGGUAUUGCACGAGACAUGGUGGGUGGUCAGCAAACCAGUUUUGGACUGGGGCUGCACGAUGAAAGCUCACGCUGUCCCAUACUACAACGUACUGGGUUCUUUGAUGAUCUGCAUUAUUCAUACGCUCUGGUGGUAUGAGAAUGUUGUGGAGUCUGUCCAGAAAUGUGAGAAUAUGGGCUGUGUUGUAUGGUCCAAGGUUGGCAUGACGGUGGAGGACACCAUGCGUAUUGGAGAUGGCAGCGCACAUUGUGAUGUUCCCACCACGUCGGCCAGGAACAUCUAUAACGGCUCUGUGGCCAAUGACGUUUCUCUCACUUCUUCUGGUCUCUGCUAGGUUGAACCCAGCCUCAUCUAUAAAGAUGAACUCGUGUGGGAUUGCAUGAGCAUCCAUUUCCAGUACUCCCUGAAAACAAAGAACAAAAGCAGUCAAUAUGGUGUUAUCCAGUACACUGGGAAACAAUGCUGUGUGUAGUGUACUGCAGUCAAUAUGGUGUUAUCCAGUACACUGGGAAACAAUGUUGUGUGUAGUGUACUGCAGUCAAUAUGGUGUUAUCCAGUACACUGGGAAACAAUGUUGUGUGUAGUGUACUGCAGUCAAUAUGGUGUUAUCCAGUACACUGGGAAACAAUGCUGUGUGUAGUGUACUGCAGUCAAUAUGGUGUUAUCCAGUACACUGGGAAACAAUGCUGUGUGUAGUGUACUGCAGUCAAUAUGGUGUUAUCCAGUACACUGGGAAACCAUGUUGCGUGUAGUGUACUGCAGUCAAUAUGGUGUUAUCCAGUACACUGGGAAACCAUGUUGCGUGUAGUGUACUGCAGUACUUACUGUAAUUGUACUUACAUCCACAUAUGAUCGUCUGACCUCUUUGUUUCUUUGAGAGUUUCUCUCAAACGGCACCUUUUUAUAAAGUUGUUUCAUUGUGAUUGGGUUUGGCGUGAGAAUGUGGACAGACUGACUCGUUGAACAUGGUGUUGUCUUGGAUGAUGUGGCUUUGAAUUUCUCGUCAUCUGAUUUCAUUAUUUUCCAGAACCAAGUUUACAAUGGCAGCUUCCUGUACCCCGGUGAAUAAUGGCCCCUACUUCCACCAUGGUUGGCCCCUUCCUCCACCAUGGUUGGCCCCUUCCUCCACCAUGGUUGGCCCCUUCCUCCACCGUGGUUGGCCCCUUCCUCCACCGUGGUUGGCCCCUUCCUCCACCGUGGUUGGCCCCUUCCUCCACCAUGGUUGGCCCCUUCCUCCACCAUGGUUGGCCCCUUCCUCCACCGUGGUUGGCCCCUUCCUCCACCGUGGUUGGCCCCUUCCUCCACCGUGGUUGGCCCCUUCCUCCACCGUGGUUGGCCCCUUCCUCCACCAUGGUUGGCCCCUACCUCCACCAUGGUUGGCCCCUUCCUCCACCAUGGUUGGCCCCUUCCUCCACCAUGGUUGGCCCCUUCCUCCACCGUUGUUGGCCCCUUCUUCCACCGUUGUUGGCCCCUUCCUCCACCGUGGUUGGCCCCUUCCUCCACCGUGGUUGGCCCCUACCUCCACCGUGGUUGGCCCCUUCCUCCACCAUGGUUGCGUCUCUCAGUCCUUUAGAAAAACAAAACAAAUAGGGCUUGGACAAUGCAGCCUAAAGGUAUUUCCCCCACAGUAGAGUAAAUUCUACAGGAAAUGUGUGCAGUUAGUGUUUGACAUCAGCUGUUCAUGAAGUAACUGAUACACUAUGACGUGGGGUGUACUACAUAGUGUGAAAGAAAUGUUGGUUACAUACCUGUACUCCAGUCUCAAUGUCCGGAGGACACAGGCGACAGUAACACGGCUCAGGUUGGGCUGCGCUCUCUGUCCAGCCUCUCACAUUGUCAGCCCAUGGUUGAUGGGCAGCAGGGUAGCCUAGUGGUUAGAGCGUUGGACUAGUAACCGGAAGGUUGAAGGUUGCGAGUUCAAAACCCCCGAGCUGACAAGGUACAAAUCUGUUGUUCUGCCCUGAACAGGCAGUUAACCCACUGUUCCCAGGCCGUCAUUGAAAAUAAGAAUUUGUUCUUAACUGACUUGCCUAGUUAAAUAAAGGUAAAAUAAAUAAAAAUAAAAACAUGAUCAACUAAGGUUGCUCUGAUUUCAUUUGAAAGUUGUCUUUGGCCAUGAAUUCCUCUAUCAGUUCUACCCCUACCUCUCACUCUUCCUCCCCCUCUCAUUCUCUCUUCCUCCCCCUCUCAUUCUCACCCUUCCUCUACAUCUCUCUGCAACGGCUUCCAUUGUUGUAAAACAAAAGGUGCUCACCUGUGGUCUUUUCAUGGUGCUUACUUCCUGAUUUGAAGUUGUAACAAUGAACCAUUGAGGUGUUUGGCCAGGUGGCACGUAUUGGCCAAUUAGUUCAUGUAGUGUCAUUUUGAAUGGCAGUGUUUUGAAAUGGCAAACAUGUGACUUUAUGUCAGAUUGUUGUGUCUUACGCAGAGAACCGUGUGAAGUGCAUUUAAAACGUGCCAUUUAGAAUUACAAAAUGUGUGUAAUGCAGAAAAUGUGUUUAGACUUUUGGAGACUUGAGAAGAAGGUUUUGCUCUCUGUGUGUCAGGUUAAAUAAUUGUGCUGUUGCAUGUCGUUUUAGUGUGUUAGCAAUGUAAAGUACAUAUUACCUCGGCGGAGUUCUCAAGUUGCUAACUUGAAUGUGAGAGCCAUUAUCAAAAGUUUAAAUUAGGUUUACAAGUACUUUGGGGUUAUAUUAUCGAUGUUCACAGACAGCAUUAGCCAGUAGUACUAAUGCUAACGGGCAAACGUCAAGGGCAUCAUUGGUCACGCUAUACAAUACAGUAUUCUGUACUUAUUCAGAAGGUCAACAUACUUUUUAGUGUUUAUGCGAUCAUCGUAGUAGUACUUCUUUACUUUCUUUUUGCUAUACUGUAAGAAACAUUUAAUCUGUUACAUAUUCAGGAAAAAGUCGUCCUUUUGAAGUGUGUAUUAUACAAAUUUUGCAAUCAACGUUUAUCUGUAAAAUAAAUGUAAUAUUUGUUUAACGCCAAUUAAUUUUUUAUAAAUCUUAUACAUUUAAAAAAAAAUCCUUAAUGUUGUAUGUAAUAAAAUAUUUUUCUACCAUCUUAA